AAAUCCAAAGCAACAUUGCAGCAUUUAAUCCUUGCAAUAAAACCCUAAAGACCCUCCUGUAAGAACAAAUCCCCCAAAAAUCAAUCUCCACCCUUCACAACCGAAAUCCAACGGCUCUCCUCUCACCAGCACUCGUGCUUAUCACUCCCCCAUUCAUCACUGUAAUGCUUUCUCUUUCCCUCUCUCUCAGUCCCCCCCCUCUCUCUCUCCCUCUCUCGAAAAAUGGCCAAACCCAUCAAAGAUCAUCCACUCUCUUCACCAGAGACCCACAAAGAUUGUUCAUUUUCAAUCCGAUCUCUAUAUGUAUGAGUGAAUUUGGACUAAAAAACACAGCCUUUAACAUACCCUUUUUGUGGCUUUUCAUCCAAAGCUAAUGGUUUCUCUGUUUUGUAGAGCUUUAGAUUCACAGUUAUGAUCAAGAAAAUCAGCUUCUUCAUACCCAUUUAACGCUCUUUUGAGCUCUAAUAUUGAUCUAUUGUUAUUUUUUGGUUUAAAGUUCGAAGCUUUACACAGCUGUGGUGCUAUUUUUAUUAUGUGAUGAUAACUGAUACUUAUUCCAAGAUGAUGUCCGAUAUCGGAAUGCGAUCGAUGCCGGGAAACGCUGAAUACAGAGAGGAUUUGGGGCUGUUGAUUCGGGAGCAGCGGCGGCAGGAGGUGGCGGCGAGUGAUCGAGAGAAGGAGCUCAGUAUAUACCGAAGUGGUUCGGCGCCGCCCACCGUUGAAGGUUCGUUGAGCGCCGUAGGAGGGUUAUUCGGUGGCGGCGGCGAUGGCAGCGAUACAGGGUUUGCGUCGGAGGAGGAGCUCCGCGCCGAUCCAGCGUAUGUUAAUUAUUACUAUUCGAAUGUGAAUUUGAAUCCUCGACUCCCACCACCACGGCUAUCGAAGGAGGAUUGGCGCUUUGCGCAGCGGUUGCACGGAGGAGGAGCCGGCGGUGGCGGCAGUGGGAGUUCAUCAUCAGUGGGAGGGAUUGGGGAUCGGAGAAAGGUGGGUAGAGGCGGUGAUGGUAAUGGGUCAUCGCUAUUUUUAAUGCAGCCGGGUUUUAAUGGGCAAAAAGACGAGAAUGGGGCAGAGUCAAGGAAAGCCCAGGGGGUGGAAUGGGGUGGCGAUGGACUGAUUGGGUUGCCGGGGUUGGGGCUAGGUAGCAGACAGAAGAGUCUCGCUGAAAUCAUCCAGGAUGAUAUAGGUCAUGCUACAUCUGUCUCUCGGCACCCUUCUCGGCCUGCUAGCCGCAAUGCAUUUGAUGAUAAUGUUGAAACUUCUGAAGCUCAGUUUUCUCAUUUGCAUCAUGAAUUGGCAUCUAUGGAUGCUUUACGGUCAGGCACAAAAAUUCAAGCCAUAUCUGCAGUGCAAAAUGUUGCUUCUUCAGCGUCCCAUACUUAUGCUUCUGCUUUAGGUGCCUCUUUGUCAAGAAGCACCACACCUGAUCCUCAACUUGUAGCUAGGGCUCCUAGUCCUCGAAUUCCAACUGUGGGAGGAGGAAGGACUAGCUCUAUGGACAAAAGGAGUGGUAAUGGUUCAAACUCAUUCAAUAGUGUCCCACCUGGUAUUGGCGAGUCUGCAGAUCUGGUAGCUGCUUUGUCUGGCUUGAAUCUGAGUACCAAUGGUAUGGUGGAUGGAGAGAAUCAUUCCCGGUCACAAAUACAGCAUGAGAUUGAUGACCACAAGAACCUCUUCAACUUGCAAGGCGAUCAGAACCAUAUAAAACACCAUUCGUACUUAAAUAAGUCUGAAUCUGGGAAUUUUCAUCUACAUUCUGUUCCCCAAUCAGCCAAAGGAUCAUAUUCAAAUAUGGGUAAAGGCAGUGGGGUGGGGAUGGAUCUGAACAAGUCUGCCCUUCUAGCUGAGGGACAAGUUGAACUUCAGAAAUCGUCUGCUUCAUCUGCUAACUCAUUCUUAAAAGGGCCAUCCACACCAACUCUCACUAGUGGAGGAAGUUUACCUUCUCACUAUCAGAAUGUGGAUAAUGUGAAUUCCUCAUUCUCAAACUAUGGUUUAAGUGGAUACACUUUUAAUCCUGCAUCACCAUCCAUGAUGGGAAGCCAGCAUGGCAGUGGCAACAUGCCACCUUUGUUUGAAAAUGUUGCUGCUGCAUCAGCAAUGGGAGUCACUGGCAUGGACUCUAGAGCACUGGGUGGAGGUUUGAAUUUAGGACCAAAUUUAAUGGCUGCAGCAUCAGAACUGCAGAAUCUUAGAGUGGGAAACCACACUACAGGAAAUGCUCUUCAGGUGCCCGUUGUGGAUCCAUUGUAUCUUCAGUACUUAAGAUCAGCUGAGUAUGCUGCCACACAGGGUGUGGCUCUUAAUGACCCAACAAUGGACAGGGAAUACAUGGGCAGUUCAUACAUGGAUUUGCUUGGACUUCAGAAAGCUUACCUAGGGGCAUUGCUUACAUCUCAGAAAUCACAGUAUGGUGUUCCUUACCUUGGUAAAUCUAGUAGUAUGAAUCAUGGUUAUUAUGGAAACCCACAAUUUGGUCUUGGCAUGUCUUAUCCUGGGAGCCCAUUAGCGGGUCCCCUUCUUCCAAACUCUCCUGUUGGAUCUGGUAGUCCUGUCAGACACAAUGAGCGGAAUAUGCGAUUUCCCUCUGGGAUGAGGAACUUGGCUGGGGGUGUCAUGGGAGCUUGGCACUCAGAAGCUGGUGGUAACUUGGAUGAUAAUUUUGUGUCCUCAUUGCUGGAUGAAUUUAAGAGCAAUAAAACUAAGUGUUUUGAACUUUCAGAAAUUUCCGGUCAUGUUGUUGAGUUCAGUGCUGAUCAGUAUGGAAGUCGGUUUAUUCAACAAAAACUCGAGACUGCAACAACAGAAGAAAAGGACAUGGUUUUCCAUGAAAUUAUGCCCCAAGCCCUUUCUCUAAUGACUGAUGUCUUUGGUAACUAUGUGAUCCAGAAGUUUUUUGAGCAUGGGACUGCAUCCCAAAUAAGGGAACUGGCUGACCAACUCACUGGGCAUGUAUUAACCCUUAGCCUUCAAAUGUAUGGCUGUCGAGUAAUCCAGAAGGCUAUAGAAGUUGUAGAUCUGGAUCAGCAGACUAAAAUGGUCAUGGAGCUAGAUGGUAAUGUCAUGCGUUGUGUACGUGAUCAAAAUGGGAACCAUGUUAUCCAGAAGUGUAUUGAAUGCAUACCUCAAGAUUCUAUUCAAUUUAUUAUCUCAACAUUUUAUGAUCAAGUUGUGACACUGUCCACACAUCCAUAUGGUUGCCGUGUGAUACAGAGAGUCCUGGAGCACUGUCAUGAUCCAAAAACCCAACGUAUAAUGAUGGAUGAGAUUUUGCAGUCUGUCCGCAUGUUAGCUCAGGAUCAAUAUGGGAAUUAUGUUGUACAGCAUGUUCUGGAGCAUGGGAAGCCUCAUGAACGGUCCUCUAUAAUUAAUGAAUUAGCUGGGCAGAUAGUUCAAAUGAGCCAGCAGAAGUUUGCCUCCAAUGUGGUAGAAAAGUGUUUAACUUUUGGAGCUCCUUCAGAACGUCAGAUCCUGGUGAAUGAGAUGCUUGGCUCCACUGAUGAAAACGAGCCUCUUCAGGCGAUGAUGAAAGAUCAGUUUGCAAACUAUGUUGUACAGAAAGUGCUGGAGACAUGUGAUGACCAGCAACUUGAACUGAUCCUUAAUCGAAUAAAAGUUCAUUUGAAUGCUCUGAAGAAAUAUACUUAUGGGAAGCAUAUAGUUGCGCGUGUAGAGAAACUUGUGGCAGCUGGAGGUACUAAUUCUCUUGCUUUAUUAUUCCUUGUAGUUCUUUUGCCAUCACUGUUUGUUUGGAAGAUCCUUCAUUUUGCAAAUUUUUGGUGAAAUGAUUUUUCUUAUAUUAUAUCAUGAAAUUUUGCUGUCAAACUGUCAAUUGAGCAUUACUGAGCCCCAAAGCCAUAGCUUGGUAAGAUGCUGUCUGGAUGAUUGCUAAAAAGCAUUCAACAAGUCAAAUGCAUAGUAGGGAUAAUUUCCAUGAAAAGUAUGUUAAAACAUUUACAUUUCCAAGAACACUUGGCAACCUAUUUUUAAGAAGCUUGAUAGUUAAGAUCAAAAUUCCUUUAUCAGAAGUGCAGGGAUUGAACAGAUUCAAUCCUUUUUUUUCCUUGUAUUUUAUUAACAAUCAUUUCAGGAUUGAAACACAUUUAAUAUCAAUUCAUUUUCUUACAAUAAGGUGCAACAAAAAAUUGUGUAUCUAAACUUUAGCGAAAGAUCUUCGCUUCUCCCAGAAUUCUCUGUAAGGGAUCACAUUGCACUUUGUACCGUAUUGUGAUAUUGUAAACAAUAAAUCAUAUUAACCCAAACGUGCAUAUACACUUAUCCCCACCAUAUGGUCGGACACUUGGACUUGAGAUCUUUUUGGACCUGAAGUAGGGAAGAACUGUUAGAAGUAUAAUUAUAUUUUACGUUGAAUGAUUCUUCACUGCAGAAAUAAGUUUCUAACUAUGUGUUCAUCUCUUGCAGAAAGGAGGAUUGGUGUUCAGUCUUCACUUCCCGCUUAGAUUUCAUAGGAAAGUUUGUUGUACAGCUAACUGAGACUAGUAUGAGCGCCCUCUCUCUUUACUCUUUCUUUUCAUAUCUAGCUAUGGCUCUGUAUUUAUUUGGAUGAGUAGGAGCCUGUUGAAAAUAAAAAUUGUUGGUUGUACUUAAAACUGUACAUUGUUUAGUUUGAGGAUAUACCUAGAAUCAGGCUAGCUGAGGCUCAGAUGGUGAACACACCUGAUGCCCCUGCAGAGGAGAUAAGAUUACUGUACAAGUUUUAAGGGUGUAAAGAGGAAGAAAAAGAGGUAGAAUUUGUGAUCGUGACUGUACAAAUGUCACCAGGUGGAAAGAGCCUUUGGUGUUUAGGAGAGGCCAGAAUUUUUUAAUGUAUGGGAUUUGACUAUUUUCCUUUUUCUAAAGCACUUUUUCUUAGAACA